CUCCGCCGACUGGCCGCGGAGCAACCCCCGUUAAAAUUUACGCGCCCCGCCGUUUCGCGCUGCGCCGUUUCCACGUCACGUUUUUUCCGUCGCGAGGCCGAGCGAGGGGUCCGCGCGAGCGGCCCCGCUAGAGAGGAGAGGCCUUCGCCGCCGCGGUCCCGGGGCCGAGGGUGCCGCCGAAAGGGGCGAAAAGGUGUCGAGCCGAGUCCGGUGCAGCAGAGAGGAAGGGAGCUAACCUCCCUGACGAGACCUCGUGCGAGAACUUGGAGCACGCUGCGCGUGUGUAUGUGACCGCGUCCCCGCUCUUGCGCCUGCUCGCCAUAUUCGAGGAAAGCCGGGGCGCCACGAUCGGAACAAAGGGCAAUAUUCGAAGGGGCGGAAUGAGUAAUCGCGCGUCGCGAACGACGACGGCGACGGUGACGGAAGAGACGGCGAUGGCGGAUUUGAUUUGCGGAAAAAGCGGCGUCGGCCGACGGCGGCAACGCUCGCGUGCAACGUCAACGUACGUCAUCCUGCUGCUGAUAGUGUGCACCACGUUAACGGUAUCCCACUGCUGCUACGUCUUCCCGAAAGAAAUCAAGGAUCCCUGUGAGAAGCUGAAUUGCUCGCAAGGCUCGCAAUGUGUGCGAAGCAGGGACGGCAAGGAGGCGACCUGCCAAUGCUUGGAAUUCUGCCCAAAUUUGGGGGAUCACGAGGGAUCGGGGCCUGUCUGCGGCACGGACGGGAUCGACUAUCCGACGCUGUGCGACCUAAAUCGAGCCGCUUGUACGAAAGGUGCUAACAUCACCGUGGCAUUUCGUGGCAAAUGCGACCCAUGCGGAAACAUUGAGUGCGUAGAACCGGAAAUCUGUCAACUGGACGAUUUGAGACAACCAGUCUGUCGCUGCGGGGAACAAUGUGGCCUCGAAUAUUUGCCGGUUUGCGGGAGCGAUGGCAAGACGUAUUCGAAUGAGUGCUACCUUCGACAAGAAGCUUGUCGAUCGAAAUUGCCGCUUAAGAAAAUCUACAAUGGCGGCUGCAGUUCCGGACACAAUCCCUGCGAAACGGCGAAAUGCAGCUUGUACGAGCAGUGCGCGAUCAAUCGGCAGGGGAUCGCUAACUGCGAAUGUCGUCCCGUGUGCGAGCCGGUAAUGAGGCCCGUGUGCGCCCGCGGCGGUACAACCUACACGUCUAUGUGCGAGCUGAAGAGGCAGGCGUGUCUGACGAGGAGCAACAUCGAGAUCGCCUACGUCGGCACAUGCGGCUCCAGAGGACCCUGUUCCGAGAAGGUGUGUCAAUGGGGCGCAAUUUGCGCGGAGAUCGGCGGCAGCGCUGUGUGCGAAUGUCCGACUUGUCCGGCGGAAUUUCAACCCGUAUGCGGCGAUGAUGGCAUCAGCUACGGCAACGAGUGCAAGCUUCGCUUGGAGGCAUGUCAGCAUCGACGGGAGAUACGCGUUCUAUAUGAGGGAUUGUGCAAUGGCUGCGAGAACAAGAAGUGCGAAUUCUACAGCGAGUGCGAAAGCGACAAGGGCGGAGAAGCCAAAUGCGUCUGUCCUUCAAAGUGCGAACCUUUGGUGAAGGAACCGCCGGGGGCGGAAAAAGUUUGCGGAUCUGAUGGAGUGACAUACGAUAAUGAAUGCAGCUUGAAAAAGGCGUCGUGCACGAACCAGACCCUCGUCAACAUUAGCUACGUGGGUGCCUGCGAACUGUGCGCGAGGGUGAAAUGCGAUCACGGGGCGCAUUGCGUGGCGGGGGUGUGCGUGUGCCCGAAGGUCUGUCCGGAGAGCAGCGGCGAGCUUGUUUGCGGCAGCGACGCGAAAACUUACCAGUCCGAGUGCGAGCUGCAGCAGGCGGCCUGCGGCAGGGAUCCCAAGUUGCCGGCGUUGCACGUCAUAUUUUAUGGUGACUGCGCCGAGAGAUUGGCCGCAGCGGCGUUGACGACUAAGUCGACGCCCGCGGUGACACGCGUGGUCACCACCAUCGCCGACAUAACUAGCACGCAGGAGCGCGAGGCGUGCAAGGACAUUCACUGCGACUUCGAGGCGACUUGCGAGCUCGGCCCGGACAAGUUUCCCAGGUGCAGCUGCAGGUUCGACUGCGCCUCCAUCUCGCCGGAGAACAUGCGGCCCGUCUGCGGCAGCGACCUCAGAAUCUACUCUUCCCUCUGCGCCAUGAAGAUGGAGGCCUGCCAGAGGCAGCAGGAGCUCAGGCUGCGGCCCCUCGAUCUCUGUCAAGGCAUGGAAGUCAAGCCUUGCAACGGCGAUCCCCCACUGGUGGACUCCGAGGGUAAAGAGUACGACUGCGGUAGUGGACCAGAACGCAAAGACUGCCCUAGCAAUACUUAUUGCCAUCAGACAACGCGAUUCGCACGUUGCUGCAAGAAAGUUCACGGUAUCCAGGUGGUAAAGUGCGCGGACUCGUGGCAUGGCUGUUGCCCAGAUGGGAAAACCGCCGCGCUCGGCCCGGACGGCGCAGGCUGCCCGAGUUUAUGCGGUUGCAACCGGCUCGGCAGCGUGUCCGACACCUGCAACCCGGAAACCGGUCAAUGCGAGUGCAAACCGGGCGUAGGUGGUUUCAAGUGUGAUAGGUGCAUGCCGGGUUACUGGGGGCUGCCGAAGAUAAGCGAAGGCCAUCAGGGAUGCAUACCGUGCGGCUGCUCGUUAUUCGGUUCCGUCAGAGAGGACUGCGAGCAAAUGACAGGACGUUGCGUCUGCAAGCCUGAUAUCCAGGGACAGAAGUGCACAAUCUGCAACGACCACAACAAGAUACUCACGCGUACCGGCUGUUAUUCAGUGGACAUGACACCGCCGAUACCGACGAGCUGCAACGAGCUGGAAUGCUACUCGGGCGGCCACUGCACGGAGAUCGGCGGCGUGCACUGCGUCUGUCCGUCCGCCUGCCCGGCGGACGUGCCGUCCGUACCGGUGUGCGGCAGCGACGGGCAGACCUACGACAACGAGUGCGAGCUACGGCUCUACGCGUGCGGCCACCAGGCCGACGUGGUCACGCAGGCCUUCGGCCACUGCAGAGACGAUCCUAUGGUUAAUACGGACUUCCCCGUUAAGAGAUACACGGCCGUACAGUAUACCCAACCAGCGGCCGCCAUUUCUCCAUUGUCCAAAUCCACGCGGCACCUCUUGGUACCGGAACCGGACCCACGAUAUUAUUACACCCACCGAGCUCAUCAAGAAACCAUCACCAUCGACAGAGAUAACUUAAAACAUGGAGUGGCCGCAGUAUAUCGACCGACGCCGGCGACGAUUCGAGUGGUCACCGCUCUCCUGGGUGAUCUGUGCACCGACGACAAGGAUUGCACUAUACCGAACAGCGAAUGCUCAAACGGCGGCUGCAUCUGUUCCGAGGGCUACGCGGAAACCAGCGAUCGGCAGGAGUGCUUCGCUAAUUACGUGCCGGUGACACCGACUCAGGAAUUUCGCGCGUGUCUCUCUUAUCCCUGCCACAUGACCUCGACCUGCAUCGACUUGCCCAGCGCAACUUUCGUCUGUAUCUGCCGGCCAAAUUACACCGGGCUGCUAUGCGACGAGGAGAUCAACAAGCGGGAUUACGAGAUACCUUCCUUUGACGGUAAAAGCUACGUCAGGAUGAGCCGGCUGAAAGCGUAUCACAAAUUCAGCAUCGAGGUCGAGUUCAAAACAUAUGCGGACAAUGGAAUCAUACUGUACAAUCAGCAGAAAAACGACGGCACCGGCGACUUUGUCUCGCUGGCCAUUGUCGACGGAUACGUGCAGUUCAGAUAUAACUUGGGAAACGGGCCCGUAGUGCUCACGUCACCGGAAAGAGUGACCAUGAAGACCUUUCAUAGAGUGGCGGCUAAAAGAUAUCAUAAGGACGGAGUACUGAUUUUCAACGAUGGCGAAGACGUGGCUGGGCAAAGUCAAGGAAUGCUGAAGUCUUUGGACUUGAAUCAAGACACUUUCAUCGGGAACAUGCCGACUAAUUAUACCAAGGUUUAUGACAACAUCGGCACCAACCAUGGACUUCUCGGCUGCAUACGCAAGCUGAAAAUCAAUCGAAACAACAUAGAUCUCCACGUGGGUCGCGACAGGGACGUUCUCGAGAGUUAUCGUGUGAAAGAAUGUGGCGACAACGCGUGCGCCAAUCUGCCCUGUCAGAACGGUGCGACGUGCCAGCCGAUCUUCGAAGAGGAUCUGUGUAACGGCCGGGAAUGCAGGAGAUUACAAAAGAGGGGUAAAAGCAGGAACAACAGAGGCGGCAACGGCAAGAGUGUCGGGGUGAACAUAGUCAGAUGCAGGGGUUCCCACUGCACGUCGAUCGACCAGAGGAGGACCAAGAAGAAUGCGAGGAAAGGCGAUUACGAGUCCGAGCUGCAGUACGACAAAAAUUACGACCACGACAAUUACGCGGUGGAGAAGUACGAGCCGCCGGACUACAGGUGCAUAUGCCCGCCGCAGUUCACCGGCAGAAACUGCGAGGAAUUGCUGGACCCGUGCAUCGGCGAGCCCUGCCAGAACGGUGCCACUUGCGACAUCCUGCCGCAGGGAGGAUACGUGUGCAAGUGUCCGCCCGGUAGAACCGGCGAGCUCUGCGAGAUCCUGGACGCCGAACUGACGGAACUGUUGAUUCCCGAGAUGAACGGGAACGGAUAUCUGGAACUGCCCUGCCUAGAAGGCGUCUCGAAAGCGUUCUCCAUCGAGUUGUGGUUUCUCACACACGCGAACGACGGUCUCCUACUCUACAACGGUCAGCUGAACAACGGCAGGGGCGACUUCAUCAGUCUGAACCUGGUUCACGGCAAGCUGGAGUUCAGAUUCAACCUCGGUAGCGGUAUCGCGAAUAUCACGUCGCCGGAUCCGGUCACUCGGGAUAUGUGGCACUGCGUGAGGAUCAACAGACUCGGCAGAGAGGGUGUUCUUCAGCUCGACGACGGAACCGUCGCAAGGGGAUUGUCCGGGAGUCCUCUCACGGAAUUGAAUCUGGAGAUGCCGCUUUACGUUGGUGGCGUUAAACAUUGGCGAGAAGUUCAUCGUCUGUCCGGAGCUUGGACCGGAUUAGUAGGUGCAGUGCAGAGGCUAAUGGUAAAUGGCAAAACAUAUCAGAACCUCGCCGUGAAUGUUACUCAACACAACACGGAGAUUUACGACGGUCUGCCCUGUCCCAGCAACGAAAACCCUUGCCACAACGGCGGGGUCUGCCUCCCGCUCUUGAACAGUUAUCUCUGCAAAUGCGCUAGUGGUUACAACGGCUUGCAUUGCGAAUUCUUUAUGGGCUACGACGUAUCAGGUACCGAGAUAUCGGAGCGACCUGUGCGUUUCGAGGGCGAUAACUUCCUGCAGUUCAAGCAUCGCUACGGAAGAAGUACUAACUCGACUAACACUACCCUCGGCGAGUACUUUGAGGAGUCCUACUCCGACUACGACUUGGAGGAGGACGUCGACUACGAGUACGACAGUUACGAUUACACGGAACGCAGAGGACAGCAAUCAAACAAGUUUGAGCUACGGCUAAGGACGAUACAUCCUGAAGGUCUUAUCGCGUGGAUAGGAAGAGGAAAGAUGGAGCACCUCUUUUUGUCCCUGCACGACGGUCACGUGGUGCUCACUUAUAAAAGCAAGAUUGAUAAAGAGAUUUCCGUAAAGAGCAAAGAGAGAGUGGACGACGGAGUCUUCCAUCACAUCCGAGCGUCCCGACGGCGAAAGGCGUGUACGAUUCAGAUCGACGAGAACGUGCCUGUUAAGAUCUCGCUGGAGACAACGUUGCUAACGACUAACGGCAAGAUUUUCGUCGGCGGCAAGCCCGGCCAUCGCGGCAUCAAGGGCUGCGUGACGGACUUCAUCGUCGACAAACGGCGGCUGCAGCUCGCCAGACGGAAGAUUGACUUCUGCCACGACAACGAUGUAUGAUAACGAACCCCGAGUCCGACGAUCGUCAACGCGACGUCGAUAUCAGAAAACCUCGUCGACCCGAUGACACCGCCGUCGUCGACGACGAGUUGAUCGCGCGAUACGAACGCGAAUCUUCACGCGCUAAAUCGCACGCGGCGGACCAAGAUCGACGAUCGCCUAAGUAUCGACCGCGACAAGAUACGAUAACGUAUUCUGAUGAUCGUCAACCCCAUCCCCACGCCGUCGGAGAGUCGGCAGGCAUCUCUGGUGUUCCUAGCAAAUUAACAAACAAACUGAACGUGAAGUGCAACGAAGAUCGCCGUCGAGACGAAGUGUAGAAGAAUCGUGUUCAAUCCGGUCGAGCAACGGUGUUGAUUCCUGCCAAAAGUUGUGCGAAGAGAGAUGGUCCUCGUUCACGCGAAUCGCACUGGGUCCUUGACGUAGCGCGCGUCUCAGGGAGAAGCAAAGCCACUACCGACGAUAUCGCACAUUCCCGAAAAGAAUAAAAUUCUCGCAGGACUACAUGUGGAAUCGGAAAUUAAAGAGAAAAGACUUGAUAUCGUAUUUCUUAUAAGAUGAUCGUCUCAACAGGACCAGAGUCUCGUAGGACUGUCUGAAAACUUCCAUUCUCAAGGAUCAUUCGCGGUAUUUUUGGGAGAACGGAAAUUCAAACCCCAUAGAGGACCAGAACCUUCGGUUUUAGACAGCGCACCCAUGAAACAAUAAAGAUAAUAAAUUCACGAUUCUAAUUGGUAAUGGCGUUGUUCGUUUAAAGCUUAAACGUCCGAGUGAAGCCGGAGCCAGAACGAGAACCAAGAUACUUCCACUUUAGAAUGCAGGGUCGUCCGUUGAAGGAGACGGUUCCGCUGCUAAGGUCAGAACCGUGAGACUCUACCGUUAUCGCGUGUGAAAGGUGCGGACACUAUACACUAGGGGUUUACCGGCGUACUGUAGAAACUUCGCGAGAGUACUGCUUUCUCAUAGGGCCAUCCAAUAAAUAAGUAAUAAGGGAUAAGGAGAGAAGUAUUCAUAGUAGCAGCAUUCGAUCACUCACCAUUCACAAAACGACCACAGUAUCGAGGUUCCAGUGUAGAAAAAGAGCUGCAAAAGGGUCGAUCGCCUCACGUUUAUAUUGUUCAGAUACCAGAGUCCGUCAUCGAGAUCACCACUGCGUGGAACGGACGAAGGUGGAGGAAGAGGAGAAGCAGGAGCGAAUUAAGUGCUACGUUUUCAUCGAAAGACAAUAAUAUAUUUUUAAGGUGACGAAAUUAAUAUACAUAUGUGUACGUAUGAAUCUAUCUGUAUACGCAUGCGCGCACGAGCGGCGCGGAUUUAGCGAAAGAGAAAGAGAGCGAGGUCUGUUCGAAGCGCACCUCGUUGUAGAACCUGUAUUUAUAAUUAUAUUGUACUGAAGCACCUAAACGUUUUACGAUGCCAAGACUGACUAAAGCGACAGGCGCACGCGGGCGACGAGAAGCGACGACGACGACGACGACGACGACACGAAGAAGCGAGGGGGGAGAGAAAGAAAAAAAAGGAAAGAAACGAUAAAUCGGUGUUAUGUUUGAGUGUUCGGUAGAGAGAUUUUAAUGGAUUUCCCGAAAUAGAGGAAAUAUGUAUUUUAAAGGACUUGUUGAUUUAUCGCCAGUAUAGUAGACAAACUCACGCGACACGACACGUUGUUUUUAGGUAGGGGAGGCUUUUUACAAAUGCGCAAGAGAAUAAAUAUAUAUAAAUAUAUAUAUUAUACGUACCACUUAUAUAUACAGAAGAUUCUACAUUCCAUUCGAUGGACCGAAAUCGAGGUCGAGUUUUACGUACAUAGACAGCUGUUGAUCCAACGUGAACGUAGAUCUCGCGAGUUGUAGAUCUGAAAAUUUUUUUCGUAAUCGCGAAAACCCGUUUCUUACUUUAUGAAAAAUAAGCAGUCGUUUAAAUUUGUAAA